GGGACUUGUCUAUAAACUCUCUAUAGCCUUUACUCUCUUUUGUAUACAGAGAUCAAUUAAGCAGUUUCUUUCAUGGAGUCUGAAGUAGUUCGUAGUCAUCAAGAACAAGAUGAGAAUGAUGAACAACAACCACCCUUCAAUGAUUCUGCUUCACAACUCGAAGAACAACAUAGUGAUCCUGAGAAGAAGUCAUCGGUUCUGAACAAGGUGAAGGCAAGGGCUAAGAAGAUUAAGGAUACAGUAAAGAAGCAUGGUCAACGAGUCCUUGAUCAUGUUCAUGACAAUAGCAGUAGUGAAGAUCAGAACAGUCCUGUUCAUCAUGACAUCAAUGAGCCUGAAAACCAACAAGUUGAUAGAGCAUUAGUUGAUGAAAGUGGAGAUGUUAAAGAUGCUCCGCCAACGUAUCAACAAGUCGAAAAUUAUGUUAAAAAUGCUGCAACGGAAUCUGAGCAAGUAGAAAAUUUGGGCAAGUCAGAAGCCAAUUAUGGUGGCACAACAAAUAUGGGAGAAGAACCUCAGGACAAGGCAGGAACUGUAGGUGUUGUUUCUCCAACUGAUGAAAACAUAGCCACUGAGGAAGAGAAGGAAGGGCAUUCUAAGGACACUUUGGAGAACAUAUCUGAGGCAUACGCUACUACUCGAAAUUAUCAAACUGGAACAGUUGGUGAAAGUGAAGCUGUUCAAAGUUCUCCCCCAACAUAUGAGCAAGUGGAAGAUUUUGUUAAAAGUGGUGAACCAGAACCUGAGCAAGUUGAAAAUCUGGACAAGACAGUACCAAGUUCUGGAGGUACAACACCAUUUGUGGGAGAAGAACCUCAUCACCAGCCAAGAGUUGUUGGUGCUUCUCCAACUACAGAAACUAAUGAAGACAUAACCACUGAACCAGCUAAAGCAUUUGCUGAGGAAGAGAAAUUUAAGGGAAAUUUGGAGAAUCCAACAAGCUUGGGUGAAGAACUGCACCCGCCGGGAAGUAGGCCUGAGGCAUACACUAUUCCUCCCAGUUAUCAAACAGAAGACACUGAUUCAACAGGGAAAGGUCCUGAUGAUGAAAUAAAGAUUAAAGAAGUGGAGAAAUCUUUUGAGGAGAAGAUCAAAGAUGAUCCAAAGUCUGUUCUAGUGCCAAAAUUCCUGCCAGAUUCUGCUGAAACUCAAGACUCUUCUGAUGGAAACAAAGAUCAAUCUGAGCAAAAGCCAGAGCCUCAACUCUCAAGUGCAACUAAAACCGAGCACCCUCCUGAUCAUGAAAACCAUGAACGAGACUUGCCAGAGCUUGUGCAAGAGAAGGAAACUCAGUUUGCUUCAGAUACUAUAUCCUCAAGUACCAGCAGCCACAGGGAAAAUCCUGAAGCAACUGAACAAACUUUCAACAGCAACAUAUCCAGAGAUGAAAUGGAGAAUCCAUCAAAGGAAAAGAGUUACUCAGAUGAGAUAUCAUCUGCCACUUCUGCAAUUGCUGCUGAUAGGGCUAUCUCUGCUGAAGGUGUUGCUGCUGUUCCUAAGAGUGAUCAUGGAGAGAAAGGUGAUGGAGAGGGAAAACGUGAGGAUUCUUCUAACAAGUCAGGAAAGAACAUUGCUACCUCUGUGACAGAGAAACUUGCUCCAGUUUAUGGGAAGGUUGCUGGUGUGGGAAGUGCAGUGAAGUCUAAAGUGUCCGGAACCAGAUCAGAAGACAGUGUUGGAGUUGAAACAGAAAAUGUGGAGAAAGGAGAAGACAAAAGGGUGAAUGUGAAGGACUAUUUGGCUGAGAAGCUAAAGCCUGGUGAAGAAGACAAGGCACUUUCUGAGGUGAUUUCAGAAGCUUUUAACAAGCGUAAAGAAGAUCCAAAGAAGGCUUCUGAGGGUGAGGAUAGGGAUGUGGAUGCUAUAAAGAAGCAAGGAGAAGAGACAGUGGCUGAAACUGAAGAGAGCAAUGUGAGUAGUCCAGGAAAAAGUGUGGUUGGUAAGAUUAAAGGUGUUGUUGGCUCUUGGUUUGGCAAAUCAGAGGAGAAUCAAUCAUCAUCAAAGGGAGGUGAAGAUUUAACAUUGAACAAGAAUAGUGGUGAAAUCCAGGCUGAAGGUGAAAGAAGACUGGAGGAGUAAUGCAAUUGAAGAAUUUAUUAUUUAUGUGCUUUCUGGUUGUCUCAUGUUGUUAGUUGUUACAUAUGUUUGUGUAUAGUGGAUUUAUGUGAACCUUGUUAUGUGUAUGUGCAGUAUCAAUUAUGUAUGAACCACACUGUAUUGUUAUUAUUAAGUGAAAAUGGUGUCUUAAUACUUAAAUAGUAUAUUUUCUUGUACACAUCAGUGGAGAUAAAUGCUCUUCCAAAUAAGAAGAAAACAAUUUAUCAUUGA